ACGCUUACUUUUUCUACUAACAUAUUUUAGGCGCAAUUAAAUAUACUCUUAAGUGUUUAAGUAUGCAAUAAAAAUUUCUUAUUAGGAAAUUCGCGUAAUUGGUAAAUACUUUACCAAAUUAGUGGCGUUUGAAUUAUGUAAUUACAUAUAUCCAACAAUCGAGCUCUCUCAGCAUAUUCUCUCCGAUUUUGGCCAGUUUGUUCGAAUCCAUCAUAAACUUUACUAAUUAGUAUGGAAUUUGUAAUGGACAUCAAGUCCAAAUGGUUACAUGCAUAUGUUUGGCAUCCGAAAAUGAGAAAAUUUGGAAAGUGCAAUUUUUUAAAGUUUUUGGGGUAUAACAAACAGGGCCACAUUAAGUGGCACAUUCACCUCUAUGGAAUACCUGCCUGUCUGGAAAAUGAUCUGAAAUCCAGGUUUCCAGAACUCGUUGCCUAUGGAAAAGGGCCUGUGAAGUAUUGGUACGUGGGAUCCCAGCAGAUUGGAAUAUUUAAGGACAAAACUGACCCCGUCGUACGGAUGGAUAAGGUCAUUCGCGAUGGACGAAUCGGUCAUCAUGUAGACGUCACUUGUUCCGUGCUGUCAAUUUAUCUCAACUAUCUGGAUGAAAAUAAUUACAAGGUUGUUACGACCAACGUGGCCAGCCAGGCGGGAAUGGAGAAGGUGACAUAUUCUUUGCAGACAGUAGAAAACGAUCCCUUGAAAAGUUUUAUGGGACAAGGCUUCAAGGAAAAAUGGUGAUGACUGGAUCCCAUUUGUACAUAUGUAUGCA